CCAAUAAAAAAGAUGAGGGAGUUACCAAACAUACUGCUACUGCUGUCACGAUGCUGGUCGACCCGACGAUGAACCGGCUGGACGGCCGUCUGGCCACGUUCAAGGAGUGGCUGGUGGAGAAUGAGCCGGGCUGUGUGUGCACAGCCAGGAAGAUGGCGGAGAGCGGGUUUUUCCGCUGCGGUGGCGAUGAGGAGCCCGAUCUGACGCGCUGCUUCGUCUGCCAUAAGGAGAUGGAGGGCUGGGAGGCAGAGGAUAACCCCAUGGAGGCGCGCUACCACACCGCCAAGUGUCCUCUGGCCAAGCUCGGCAAGCCGGCAUCGCAGCUCACUGUGGAGGACAUGCUGAAAUUGAUCAACUUUCAACAGACGGAAAGAGUGAGGGCGUUGAGCUCGGAUAUGAUCGAGGAAUUUAAAACGGACGCAGCCGAAGUGCGGAAGCAGCUGGAAGCCCUCGCUAAGAAGCCGACACGCAAGAGAAGGGCUCGGUAAU